UAAGGAUGUUCACAGUAACUGGCCACGAAGGGCUUCCAAUUUCAUUAUUUAUGUAUCCGUUCCUCACCUACAACGAUUAAUACCCGAUUCCCAUCCACCCGACCCUCUUAAGAAAAAUAAUAGACGCUUACAACAAGUCGUCCACCGUAGGUCUGAAUGCCUAACUGGUGACUAUCACAAGUUGUGGCCCGAUACGCUUCUAUAUUCUUUAACCUUUGAUGAAUUUUCACCAGUAAACCUGUCAGAAAAGCAAGCUUUAAGCGAGCCUUUCCUUCCACUUGUUUCAAGACGU